AUGCGCAAUCUGCGGAAUGUUCGCCGGUCGAUCACGACUUUCGCGAAUGAAGAGCUGCCCUUGACAGCCACGGCAUGGGAUGCCUCAUCUGACUCUCUCAUCUGCGCUCUUGGACCUUCAGAAGUCAGCCCCAUUUUGGAACUUCGGAGACUCAACCAUGACGCCAGACAAAAAGAGGAGCUUCACCUGAUAGCUUCAUGGGACGCGCCCUGCCCCCAUCCGGAUUUACCAUAUGAUCAAGUUCUCAGUCUACGAUACUUCCCCGAUACUUCCACAUCGUGUCUUGUCUUAGCGGGCGGAGACAUAGUAAUAGUCAGAGAAGAGCCUCUUCCCGGCGAGGAUCUGAUCGAGAUUGUCGGGUCCGUAGACGCAGGCAUCACCGCAGCCGCAUGGUCGCCGGAUGAGGAACUGCUUGCUAUAAGUACCCGGGCAAACACCUUUCUUUAUAUGACUCGCGACUUCGAGAAUGUCACAAAUAUCACCUUCUCUGAAGACGAUGUCAAAGCUUCCAAUCAUGUUUCUGUCGGCUGGGGCAAAGCGGAGACCCAAUUCAGGGGAAAGAGGGCCAAAGCACUUCGAGAUCCCACCAUGCCCGAGCGUGUGGAUGAAGGAGUUCUGAGUCCAAGAGACGAUGGCAGCGUAACUAUCAGCUGGAGAGGAGAUGGUGCCUUCGUAGCCGUCAAUGCCGUUGAAAGCGGCAAGCGUCGUAUGAUCCGUGUGUAUUCAAGAGAUGGUGUCCUUGAUAGCGUCACUGAACCGGUCGACUACCUGGAGGGCGCCCUAAGCUGGAGGCCGGCAGGAAAUUUAAUGGCAGGCAUACAGCGGCUCCAGGAUCGAGCCGACGUGGUCUUCUUCGAGCGCAACGGCUUACGCCACGGUCAAUUCAGCUUGCGGCUCUCUACGGAAGAGCUCGAGACCUGGGGGAGUAGUAUCUCGCUAGAGUGGAACAAUGACUCGACGGUGCUCGCUGUAUGCUUCACGGACCGUGUGCAGUUAUGGACCAUGGGCAACUACCACUAUUACCUCAAGCAGGAGAUAAGGAUGCUUAGUGCACAGGCAACAUUGAGUCCCGCAUCGAUCUGCUGGCACCCAGAGAAACCGUUACAACUGGCAAUGGGAGCGCACGAUAUUGUGCAAAGGCUCGACCAUGUUUUCGCCGUUGCCGCUGGACCAACUUCUCCACCUAAUGACUAUGGAACUGUAGCGGUAAUAGACGGCAAACUACUGAAGCUCACGCCGCUGCGGCUGGCAAAUGUACCGCCUCCAAUGGCUCGCCAUGAAGUGCACCUGACACAGAACGCAAUCGAUGUUGCCAUCAGCUUUUCUGGAACCCGCAUAGCUGUGUUGCACGAAGACCAAGUGUGCAUAUAUGCCUAUGAUCUCAUUUCCAAGCCUAUUUCUGAACCGGUUCUCGAGCGCAACCUUGUUCUACCUCCCUCUGUCCGACAUCCCAGACAGGUAACUUUCACGAGGGACUUGGACGUCUACGUUCUCCUGGGCUCAGUCGGUCCGAUUCCAGACUCUGUGUGCUAUCUCUCUUCCGGUGGGGAUAGUGAGGGCAUCUAUAAAGAUAUUGGACUGCAGGAGUCUGUAGCUAUCUUCCCGACGCUAGACUAUCAGAGCAUCUGCAUACAAGCAAAAGAUGGGUCUGUCGCUAGCUUAAACCCGGAUGUUACCGAAGAAAGGAUUGCUCAUACAUCAAGCCGAUCGAGUAGGUGGGAUUUCCUUAUUCAAAAGGAAAACGCUGACGUAACGCUGCAGGACAUUGCUUUUGGCCUCACUGUUAGUGGCGCGCUGUAUGCCAAUGAUCGUCUUCUUGUGCGGAACUGCACCUCGUUCCUGCUCACACCGGCCCAUCUGGUUUUUACUACGACGCAACAUCUUCUAAAAUUUGUGCAUCUGACUGCGGUUGAAGACCUAGAGAUACCGCUCGAUGAGCCGGAGAAGGACGAACGCUGUCGGAGUAUCGAGCGUGGUGCAAAGCUAGUGACUAUUAUGCCAACCGCAUAUUCUCUCACUUUGCAAAUGCCGAGAGGGAACCUCGAAACGAUCUACCCGCGCGCUCUCGUCCUGGCUGGCAUCCGCAAAAGCAUAGCCGCAAAGGAUUAUAAGACGGCUUUCUUUGCCUGUCGUAACCAGCGGGUCGACAUGAAUAUCCUUCACGAUCAUGCGCCGGAGCAGUUCAUGGAGAGUGUUCAGCUGUUUGUCAAUCAGAUCAGGAAAGUAGAGCAUAUUGACCUGUUCCUCUCCCAGCUCAGGGAGGAAGACGUCUCCCAGACCAUGUACAAGGAGACGCUGAAAUCGAGAACCAAUCAACCUGCGCUUCCAAAUGGUGUCAAUGGUGUCAAUGGUGUUAAAGAACCUGCUAUACCAGAUUCAAUGUCUAAAGUCAACCGCAUCUGCGAUGCCUUCCUGCGAGUACUGCAAGACCGCACCGCAACGCACUUGCAAAACAUCAUUACCGCCAACGUAUGCAAAUCUCCGCCAGAUCUGGAUUCCGGUCUCGAAGUGGUUGGAAAACUCCAGGAACAAAAAGACAACCUGGCAGAAACAGCCGCCGAACACAUCUGCUUCCUGGCAGACGUCAACCAGCUUUAUGAUCACGCGCUCGGUCUUUACAACCUUGACCUCGCCCUCCUUAUCGCCCAGCAGUCACAAAAGGACCCCCGAGAAUACCUCCCUUACCUGCAAAGCCUGCAAGAGAUGCCUCUUUUGCGCCGCAAAUUCACCAUCGACGACCAUCUCGGGCGGCACACCAAAGCGCUCUCCCAUCUACACUCGCUGGAGGCGACACAGGAGCUCCAGUCCUACGUCCAGAAGCAUGAAUUAUACGCCGCGGCCCUCGACCUCUACAAAUACCAGCAAGGACACCUUGACAGCGUCAUGAGAAUUUACGCAGACUUCCUAAGCAGCCGCAACAGGUUCAAAGAAGCAGGCAUCGCAUACGAGUACCUGAAUGACCGCGCCUCCGCAACCACAGCCUACCGCGCCGCCCACCUCUGGCGCGAAUCUCUCUCCUCCGCGACUCUCGUCCCUCUCCCUCCCAUCGAGCUGCAAACCCUCGCGCAAACACUCGCAACCGGCCUCAUAGAAUCCAAAGACUUCUUCGCAGCCGCCACCAUCCAUCUCGACUACCUGCGCGACGUGGAGACAGCGGCGAAGCUGUUCUGCAGGGGUUACUGGUUCGCCGAAGCGAUGCGGGUGCUUGGGCUGCACGGGCGGCGCGAGCUGUUGGAGAGCGUGGUGGAUGUGGGGCUGGUGGAGGGGCUGGGGAGUAUGACGGAGUUGCUCGCGGAAUGUAGGGGACAGAUUGGGGCACAGGUGCCGCGGCUGAGGGAGCUGAGGAGGAAGAAGGCGGAGGAUCCACUGGCUUUCUUCGGCGGCACCACCGCCGGCCCCGAAGACGGCGGCCCAGACAUCCCCGACAACGUCUCCCUGGCCCCAACCGACGCCUCGACCUCCGGCGGCACGUUCAUGACGCGCUACACCGGCCGCACAGGGUCCGGCAGCACGCUAAAUACGCAGACGACGCGGCGUACGUCGAAGAACCGGCGGCGUGAGGAGCGGAAGAGGGCCAGAGGGAAGAAGGGGAGCGUGUACGAGGAAGAGUAUCUCGUCAACUCGAUUGGUCGCCUCAUUGAGCGUGUGAAUGCUGUUAGUGAUGAGGUCAGGAGGCUUGUUGAGGGCUUGAUGAGGAGGGGGAUGAGGGAGCGGGCGGCGGCGGUGGAGAGGGCGAUGGGAGAGGUGGUUGCCGCGUGCGAGGCUUGCGUAACUGAGGUCUUUCAAGUGGAGGAGCAGAAGAGGGAGGAGAAGAUCUCAGAAGAUGGUGACGGGGGAAGGCCGGGUGGCGCGGAUGGGGUGCUGUGGGAUGCUGUGGAGGCGGGGGGAAGGCCGAGGGAGGCACCUGUGGUCAAGGCAUUCGAGAGACUGUCGCUGUUGGGCUGA